UGACUGUGUGACCGUCGGUCAAUUCGUGUCGAACCUUUUGUAGAGCCAACUCAGACGUUCCGUUAUAUCUGGUUCCGAUAACAGUUGUGCACGCGUCAUCCAAGUUUUCUUUCCCGUUGUCCGUCUUUUAUCAUUUCUCUUACUGUGUGCUGAAGACUUAUCUACUAUAUUCUGUUUACAUCUUGUGGCAUUACUUAUACAGAAAAUUUUGGAACUAUCAACUAUUGAUCUAUUCACUGAAUUCUUUUAAUCUGAAAACAUCUGUCUUUUGUAUGAGACGCCGCUUAUACAUCGCCGUUUGAAAAAGAACUUUUUCUUCCACGUAGCAACAUUGUAACCUUAAUAUGUGCAUGCAACUGUUAUCGUUGACGUAACAUAUUUACGAGAGGAAUUGUAUAUAAGGUCGUAAAGUAUUGAACUAAAGACUUGGCGAAUCAGUGGUAACGCGUUCCUCUCUCUCUCUCUCUCUCUCUCUCUCUCUCGCUGCUUAUAAUCUCGCGUCGAUAGGAAUCCAGCUCCGCGUCGGUACACAAGUUUAAAAAAGAUAUUUGUGGAGGAGGAAUCUGCGUGUCAUCGUAUAUGGGUGUCGUCUCUUCGUCGGUGAUACUUUGAUAGUCGGCAUCGAGCUGUUGAAUGCACGAGCGAACGAGUAAAAUCGCGUGAAAUUCUGAGCUGGUGAUCGUGUCGAUACAAAAACAAUCGACACGAAAACAGCGACACUAGUGACGAUUUAAAACGUGAUGAUCAUCGAUGUCGUCGGCUCAUUAAUCAAGGCUCUAUUAAAUAUUCAAAACAAUGGAGAUACGCGUACGAUAUUUGUUCGCUAUAAUGCUAUGCAUUGCGAACAUGAUUAUUUAUGGCCUGAAAGUGAAUAUCGCGACGGCUAUUAUCGGCAUGGUGAAGAAAAAACCUGGUGUACCAGAUUGGUCGGAUGAAUGUCCAGAAUUUGAUGUUCCCGGAGAAGCCCUCACCGAUAUUGAUGGCCCAUUCGAUUGGACGGCAAGUGAGCAAGGCCUGGUCGUUAGCAUAUAUUUUGCUGGAUACCUCGUUGGUAUGUUUCCAUCGGGAUACUUGGCGGAUCGAUUUAACACCAAGUUGGUAUUGCUAUUCUGCGUGCUGGCGAACGGGAUUUUAACGAUAAUGGUACCGCUUACCGCGUGCUCAUUAUACGUACUAUACACUGUGAGAUUUUUGACCGGUCUUGUGAGCGCGGCGAAUCUUCCUAUAGUGAAUGUUCUUCUGGGGACAUGGGUUGUGUACGAGGAGAAGAGCACGUGGGUCGGUAUCAUAUACGCAGGCACGUCGCUGGGCACCGUGAUAUCUAUUCUUUCCUCGGGAAUGAUAUUAAAUUUCAUUGGCUGGGAGGCUAUCUUUUACAUUCACGGAACGUUACCAUUGAUUUGGUGCGUUGUCUUUUAUAUAUUUUUCGCCGGUUGUCCUGAAGAGCAAAAAUACAUAACAGAGCAGGAGAGAGCAUUUAUAGUGGGUUCGUACGGUCAUCGUACGCCUGGCUCCAUGCAAAUGAAAGUCCCUUGGAAGAGUAUAUUCACAUCGGUGCCAUUUUUGGCACUAAUCGCCACCAAUUGUCUGGGCAACUUUUGCUGGUACUUCUUGCUCACUCAGUUACCGCUUUACAUGAACAAGAUUUUGCGAUAUGAUAUCGCAUCGAAUGCCAGUAUUGUCUGCACGCCGUACCUGGUGAAUGCCUUCACUAAUCCAAUGAUCGGAAGAGUUUUAGAUUGGGGACGGAAAAAGGGAUAUUGGUCGCAGACGGUUGCUCGUAAAAUUGCGGUAUUCAUAAGCACCAUUCCGGCUAGCAUUUUUCUAGUUAUAAUCGCGUACAUUGGCUGCGAUCGCGUGACAUCGACCGUGCUGCUAACUUUGAGCAUAGUAACCAGCGGUGCUAUAUUCGUCGGUCACCUCUGCAAUCAGAACGACCUGGCCCCGAAUUAUGCGGGAAUUCUCAUGGGCAUUACGAAUACCCCGGGCACCAUCUCUGCCUUUAUCCUACCACCGAUAGUCGGUGCUCUCGUAGCGGAAGGACAUACUAUGGCGCGUUGGAGAGUCGCAUUCUGGAUUACCAUUGUCGCCCAGGUUUCGGCUUUCGUGAUAUUUGCAAUUUUCGGAUCAGCCAAGAUCCAACCAUGGAAUUACCCGCCACCUGAGGUUGAAAAUUGGGACACCGACGAAGGGCAACAGCCGCGACAGCAAGAAACAAAGACUUAAGUUGAGACCAAAUAAUCUAGAAACAUUUAUAAAAACUUUUACAGAGAGAGCCUACAUCUUGUCUAAACAAAAAGCUUUUGCAAGUUAGAGAAAUUAUGCUAGUAUAUUGACAUAAUUUGUUAUAAAGAAUCACAUAUGUUAAGAUCUUUGCGUGAUUUCGAUACAUGACGAUUCAUAUAUUUACUUAUAUAUAAACUUUUUUAUAUCUUGAUGUAACAUUGCUAAUCAUUUUUGAUAAUUUUGUUGAGAUUAAUCAGCGGAUCUAUAACUUAAUGUAACUCUAUCAAUGUUUAUAUAUUAUAUAAAAAUACCUUUAAUAUAUUAUCUAUUGGUAAUAUUUUGUACAAUAUAUAUUGUUUUUCACUAGGUAGCUCUGUUAAAAAUACAUGAUCUUUACAAGAUAUUAUUAAUGUCAAAGUUUUAGCUGCCUUAUACAGGUAACAUUUUUACUUGUAUUAUUAUUGCAAAAAAAAAAUAAUAUAUAACCGCAUUUGUUAUUUGUACAAUUAUUUUCAUUAAUCUAAAUAUUUAAAUGAAGGAAAUAAAACAAAAAUUUAUAUUUAAAUAGAAAAUAAAAAUAAAUUGCAAAAGUUUGAUAUAAAA